CGCAGCACAAAAUAAUCCUGAAACAUUUCAUCGUUCCCUGACCCUGCGUCCAUAUCCUAUAUUCGUCCCUGUUCCUGAUAACAUUGCAUCAUCCGACUACAUCAUCGGCUUUUCGUCCGCUCCGCUAGCGAUGGUGCAAGUACAUAGACCACCCCCACGGCACCUCAGCAAAAUGCGCGUGAAAUCAGCCCAGGCAGACAACUAGCUGUCACAUGGCUACCUGUGUUGGUCGCGUGAAGAGUUCCAAUAAGUUCUCGUGUUUGCCUGGCGCUGGUGCUUGCUCUUAAACGCCCUCUUCCCCACUCUUCUUUCCGCCUCAUGCCCGUUCCUCGUUGUUCUAGAUUCCAGUAUCAAAACUCUGGGUUCUACUUUUUCCCCAAACACAGCCAUGGCCAAAGAUGCAGUCCUACCAACCUCUCUCCCAGGCGAGAUUAACGCAGCAACUCGAACCCUCCACUCAACCCUCAACUGCCUCAUAACCACGCGCCUACCGCUCGCCCUCCCGCCUCACACUCCAACACCCUCCGUCUACACAGCCGGGCUCCUCCACUUCGCGCACAUCUACCUAACCCUUGAAUCUCUAUGGACUGAUCUCCUCCCCUCACCCUCAGACCCGCCAACCUCCCCACUGCUCUCCUUCCUCCUCGUGAACCCUUACGACGCGCCGGAAUUAUUCUCCUCUCCACCCUCUCCUGUUAUGUUGCGCUUCCUACAACACCUCCGACCACGAGGCUUGGCUAGAUCGACGCGACUGAAACGCGAUUUGGAAUUCUUGACGGGCCUGCAUCCGACGGAUUUGAGUGUACUGUUGGCGCAGUAUCCAGGGGAGAAAGUGCAGGAAUAUUGCAUACAUAUUCGGAGAAUGGUGAAGGCGAAACCGCAUUUGUUAGUUGCGUAUGCGUGGUGUUAUUACAUGGCUGUGUUCUCUGGCGGACGGUGGAUACGAAGCGAGCUGCUGAAGUGCGGGGAGGAGUUUUGGCGGAGCGCGAGGGAGCAGGAUGCAGAGAAAGCUGAAGUUGAAGCCGAGCCGGAGCGCGUAGGCCUUCUAGAGAGGGGUCUAUCAUUCUGGAAUUUCGACGGUGCGCACGACGGCGAAGAUAUCAAAGCGGAAUUCAAGCGGCGGUUAGCGGGCGCAGAGGACUUUUUCACGCCCGACGAGCGCGUCGACAUCAUCGAAGAAGCAAAGAACAUCUUCAAAUACAGUGCCAGCCUCGUCCAAGAACUUGAUGAGAAAAUAGGUACGGAUGCGGCGAAGCUAGCGCAGGUCGGGCACGUGGACUCAGGCACCCUUCGCGCAAAUGACAAAAUGAAAGUGGCUGAGAAGGUCAUUAACCCUAAUAUGUCUCAGUCGGCUGUCACAUGGCUUCGAAGACCAGAGAUCACCGGUGUGUUUGUAGCUUUGGGAUGUCUAGCUUGUGUGGCUUUGCUCAGGUUGGAUCCGCGUAGUGCUUCGUGAGUGUGUGCCGACGGCAUAUUUGGGCGUGGGCAUAGGAUUGGCGUUUUUCAAAUAUAGAGCGUAGAGUUUGGGUUGGGUAUGGGUUGAGUGGAUGGUACAUAUAGAAGAUACCCAGUAGACUACUUUUU